GUUGGCGGCCUUCUGUUACCCGCCAAAUGAACCCCGACCGAGGGGGCAGCGACGAGCUGUACGACAACGACUCGGCCCCCUACGACGUCGCGGCGGGAGGCUUCGAGCAUCGCACCGAGGGGCAGGUGCCGCAAGUGCGACCAGCUGCUCCGGAGCCCAGCCCGCGAGGUCGCACCAGAGAGGAAGACUCCUCGGAGGCGCCAGCCUUGGGUUAUGGUUUUGUAGGGAUUGUGGAGGGUGGGCGGCGGCUGAAUCUUUCAAACUCGGAGGUCCUUGCUCCGAAGAGGACUGGCCCGAUGGACUCGGCGUGCGUCUGGCGCUCGGAGCCCUCCUCCACCGCAGAACGCAUGGCCGGCGGCGUACCAGAGAAGCCCUCGAAGAAAACCGGAAGGGGCUUCACGACAAGACGGAUGUGGGACUCGCCUUUGGAGUUCUUGUGCCCGUGGCCCACGAUGAUAACGUUGUCGAUGUCCAGCUGCACCAUGUGGAGCAAACUUAUCAUGAGGCUGUUCCGCAUAGUCGGCUCCCAGACGGGGAACAGGCAGAUCUGCAUGAUCAGCUUGUCGCUGUGGCUGCACAGCGUCGAGCGCCAGCGCUGGCCGUGGCUGGCGCUGCUCGCUGCCAGCGGCGCUUCGGCCCGCACGCUGGCCAAUCGAGCAGGAUUGGCUCAUGGGCUUCCCGGCGCGCGGGGCGGCCGCGAGGUGGGCGGGGGGCGGUGGUGCUGCGGCGGGGGCGCGGGGCGGCUGCAGAAGUCGCACUUUUGCGCCCUCGAGCGCGCGGAGGACACGCUGCUGCAGGUGCAGCACAUGUGGCGCAGGCUGGCGCUCCGAGCGCGCGUGCGUAUGGCCAAGCUCGUCUCCAAUCGCCUCUCGGAGUGCCUGCUGGCACCGAUGCUGGUUCCCCCGACCGCGCUCAGCUCGGAACGAAUGUUCCAAGUGUUUCUCAGGUGUGUCGUGGAGCGCGCAAAACAGCUGCUGGAUAUGAAUUCAAGUAUGCAGACUCUCUCGUGCCAGAAGUGUUACCAGGUGAACGAUGGCGAGCUGCUCUUCAUCCUCAGUCAGGGUGUCACGGAGUCUCCCCACUUAAGCAUACGCACAGUUUUAGCUAUGCCCACACAGCUCAACAUCCAGAGCCAGCUCUUCUUCCUGGCGAGGGGCCGCCCGGCGCCGCCGGCCGCGCCCGCCGCACGCCCGCGGGCGCGGCGGGCCUCCGCCGCGGCGGCGCUCGCGGCGGCUGCCGCCAGCUGCUGCUCGGACCGCGCCCGGCCUGCCGCUCUCGCUGCGUUCGCGGCGCUCGCGGCGCCCGCGGUGGGUGCCGCCGGCGCGCUGGGCGGCGCCGGGCGGCUGUCGGCCGAGCUGCUGCUGGAGCACGCUGGCAGUGCAGGCGCGCACGCCGUGUCGUGCCCGGGCGGCUUCGGGGCCCUGCUCGACCCGAAGUACUUCGAGGUCUUCGGCGCUUGGCAGAGCAAGUACGGCCGCGACAGCUUGCGACUGUCCGCGCACUUCCUGAGCACCUUCCAGCAGAGCGUGGAGCCCGUGCUGGAGGAAGCCAUGUCACGAUGCGCUGGGUUCGUGCUGGAGACAAUGAUGAACGCGGUACUGCACGUGGAGACUGAGGAGGGCGCCGACGCGGCGCGCCAAUGGCUGCGGCAGGUGCACCUGCUGCGGGACCAGGCGGUGGCCGUCUCGGGGCGCGGCAGUUUCCAGGGAAUGCAGCUGGCUACGCUGAUCGACGAGUGGUCAGAGGAUGUUGCUGUAGUCUACCCCAAGCUCCUGGGCCUGGAGCACUUUGGCCCAGCCCAGGAGCUUCAAGCGGGGCGAAGGGUCGACGAUCUCUGCGCCGGGCAGAGAUUCUUUGUCUACGACUUGGGAGAGCAGUUCUACAAACCUGGGAACUUGUACUGCCUAACGGGCCAAUGGGGCACCGAGGUGGUGAUGCGGCACUUCUGGAAGCAGAAUUGCAACACCGAUGACCCGCAGACAGCCGAUUGGUUUUUCGUGUCGUUGUUUGCCACUUGCAUGUACGUCAAAUUGAACGAAAACUUCACGGAUGAAGAUGGAGCUAUGAAGGACGCUGACAAGGUCUCCGACCAGUACAUAUGGGAGCCCCUCAUGAAUUUCUUGCGCGGGUCCAAGUACUACCAGAGAAAGCAAGGCAAGGACCACAUAUUCCUCUUCGCCGACGGCCAGGGCCCCCGCAUCUGGGACAGCUACGACCUCUUGCGAGGUGACAGCGUCUUCAUGUCGCCAGAGUCCAAGUGCCCCACCUGGGACGAGCCCGUGAGGCGAUACCUUGAUGUCAAGUCUUGCCUCACCGCUUGGAAGGACAUCAUCAUCCCUGGGCACACCGACUUCGCGCGGAUCCAGUUCAUGCGCAAGAAGAACCGCCCCCUGCAGGAGCGGCAGCUGCUCAUGACGUUCCACGGGCGCGCGCCCGACUCCCACGCCGCCUACGGUGACUGCGCCGUGCGCGGCAGGGUGAUGGACAUGGCGAAGUUUGGGCCGCACGUCGACGUCGGCGGGUUCGUCGAGGACUACCCCGAGCGGAAGGGCAACUCCGGAUUUCUGCCUGGUGCCGGCGGGAACCAGCCCGUGGACGAAUCACUUGUAUGA